AGGGAGAUUGUGCUUUAAAAGAUCUGGUGACCAGAUGUUUCGCACAGGCUGAGUUAGAUGAGAGAGUUGUUCCUUUGGAAGAAAUCCCUCUUAAAUUGCUGAAACAUGAAAAAAAUGAUAUUCUUCGUUCUGUUCGCUCUGCACUUGGACAGAACCUUCGGAUGGGGAUUCAGGAACGGCAUACUGCACAAUUCCAUCUGGUUAGAACAAGCAGCUGGAGUUUAUCACCGAGAAUCACGGAACGGAAAAUACCAACUUACCUACAGAGAGGCCAGAGCUGUGUGUGAAUAUGAAGGCGGAGAGCUUGCUACGUUCGAUCAACUGGAAGAGGCUAGAAAAAUAGGGUUCCAUGUAUGUGCUGCUGGAUGGCUUCACAAAGCAAGAGUUGGAUAUCCAAUAGUAAAACCUACUUUUAACUGUGGAUUUGGAAAGAAAGGCAUUAUAGAUUAUGGCUUCCGGUUAAACAAAAGUGAAAGAUGGGACGCUUACUGCUACAAUCCACAUGCGAAGGAGUGCGGAGGAGUAUUUACUGAGCCAGAGAGGAUAAUUAAGUCUCCAGGAUAUCCGAAUGAAUAUGAGAAUGAACAGAUCUGCUACUGGCAUAUCCGAAUUCAGGUUGGCCAGCGAAUUCGUCUACAAUUUUUAGAAAUGGACAUUGAGGAUGACAUGGAGUGUCUGUCUGAUUACUUAGAGGUCUACGACAGCUAUGACGAUGUUCACGGUUUAGCGGGAAGGCUUUGUGGUGACAUGCUUCCAGAUGACAUCAUCAGUACAGGGAAUGUUAUGACGUUAAAAUUCAUGACAGACAGCUCCAUCGUCGGAGGGGGAUUUCAAAUCAAGUACUCGUUUCUGGAACCACCAUCCGGAUUGAAAUUUGGACUGAGCCUAAACACGAUGUUGGAGGCCGUCCCUGACAUUUAAGCAUUGAGUAAAAACAUUAGCACACCAGUUGUUGAGAAUGCAGAAAUCAAGUGGAAUGGCUCAGGCGGUGACUCAUCCAUCUUUGCUCUGGUGAACGUAGACUGCACUGGGCUCAGGGCCAACCGACUUGAAUGGGAGAUGACUGAAACACUUAACAUCCAAAGGACUUUGAUAAAUUACUUCUUUCCAUGUAAUGCAGUUAUGAUGUUGAUUAAUAACUAAAAAGCCGCUGCCUCCACAUCAUCACUACAUAUGCUGCUGUGUUAAAGGAAACCUGUCUGGAAAAAAACUAGGCCAUUGCUGACCUAUUUCUGAAAAUGCUAGUCGCUUGGUUGUUAUGUUGAUCCUCUGACUCCAAUGCUU